UCAAUGCUUUAUUUCUCUAGUUGAUCGUAGAAUUGUGAGAGUUUCCUGAUUCUCCGUCUUGAUCUCUGCUCAUUCUCGACUCAUUCUGUCUUACUUGGACUGAUGGUUCUGCGACUACACACUCUCUGUCGCAUACUCCACUUAGACGACUCUCACUGAACCAUCACGACAGACGGGGGUCGUGUACUUGAACUCAGCAGAGGAGCAAGAAGAAGAAAAAAAAGAAGACUCAUCGUCUUCACUCCCACAGCCCAAGAUGGCGACAACAACAUCCCUCCUCACAUCCCUCAACUGCAAGGGCAACACCCACCUCAUCAUCGGCACAAAUCCCCUCGCAGCAGCCCGCUGCACACAAACCAUCAACGCCGGCGCAACCCCGAUCCUCAUCGCCCCAGAGACACAAGACCUCCACUACGGCCUCCAGAAGCGCAUCGACGCCGGCGAGGUAACAUGGCACAAGAAACCAUUCGCCGAUACAGACCUCUUCACUCUAGGCCGCGACGAGGUCGAUGACGUCGUUGACGCCGUCUUCGUCACAUCAUCCUCCACCCCGCAAGCAGCACACAUCUCAGCCCUAUGUAGGCGGCAUCGCAUCCCCGUCAACGUAGUCGACGCGCCGCAUCUCUGCUCAUUCUCACUUCUAUCAACACACACCGAUGGACCUCUACAAAUCGGUGUAACGACGAACGGGCGCGGCUGCAAGCUCGCCUCCCGCAUCCGGCGCGAAGUUGCCGCCGCGCUACCCCGAGACCUAGGCGCAGCUUGCGCAAGGUUAGGCGAUGUCCGCCGGCGGAUCCAGACGGAAGAUCGUCUUGCAGCAGACGAAGUCGACGAUUCGUUCGACCAGACGGCAUCAUUCAACAAGCUGGUCACAGAGGCCGGUCUCGACGCGGCGAAGAACCGGCGCAUGAGGUGGCUGAGUCAGGUGUGCGAGUACUGGCCCCUGAAGCGUCUCGCCGCCAUCAACGACGAGGACGUCGAGUCUGUACUGAAGUCAUACUCUGGCUUCGGAAACCCAUCCGAAGAGGCGAGACCAUCACCUGUCAUCGCGGCAGGUGGUAACGCACGCCCGCAGCAGCAGGGGAGAAUCAUCCUCGCCGGCAGCGGGCCCGGACACCCGGACCUCCUAACCCGCGCAACGCACAAGGCAAUCCAAACAGCAGACUUCAUCCUCGCAGACAAACUCGUCCCUGCAGGCGUGCUAGACCUCAUCCCGCGCCGUACCCCCGUCAAAAUCGCGCGCAAGUUCCCCGGAAACGCAGACCAAGCCCAAGAAGAACUCCACGAGCUUGCGCUCGCGGGCGCGAAGGAGGGAAAGACGGUGUUGCGGCUGAAGCAAGGCGAUCCCUUCAUCUACGGCCGCGGCGGGGAGGAAGUGGCGUAUUUCAGGGAGCAUGGGUUCGGGGACUGGGUGACGGUAUUGCCUGGCAUCACCUCGUCGCUGAGCGCGCCCUUGUUUGCGGGGAUUCCGCCUACGCAGAGGGAUGUGGCGGACCAGGUUCUUGUGUGUACGGGGACGGGGAAGAAGGGCAAGGCACCGACGCCGCCUGAGUUCAUCCCCAGUCGGACGGUUGUGUUUUUGAUGGCUUUGCAUCGGAUUACAGGGUUGGUUGGGGAGUUGACGACGUACCUCGAUACGGAAGUUGCUGAGGGCGAAGGGGAGGAGAAGACUACGCCGAAGAGGGCGCUGUGGCCGAGGGAUACGCCGUGUGCUGUGAUUGAACGGGCGAGUUGUCCUGAUCAGAGGGUGAUUCGGACGACGUUGGGGUAUGUUGCUGAGGCUAUCGAGUCCGAGGGGAGCAGGCCGCCCGGGCUUCUUGUUGUGGGAAGAGCGUGUGAGGCGCUGUAUGAGAAGGAGAAGGGGAGGGCGUGGGCUGUUGAGGAUGGGUUCAAGGGAUUUGACUUUGAGGAACUUCCUGGCUUGUCAUGAUAUCUUCCAUUCCUUCUUGACAGGGGGAUUUCUCGAUCCGCUCAAGGGGCUACGGCUUUUGAGUACGGAGUAACCUUAUAUCACGGGUUCAUGUGCGUGAGGUUUAGAUCAAUGCCUCUGAGGGAAAAGGCAGCAUCGCAAGGCGCAGACAAAUUUAACAAGCGAAUUCAGUUCAAUCUAGAACCCCCGUUUAAUGGCCACGAAUUUAAGCAAAUAAGACAUGAAA